GCAGCCAUGGAAAAUGUCCUCCGUGUGGUGGAGGCUAACCUAGCCCCAGGCACCUUCAGUAAUUGCUGCCCAGACGUAGAGGGUGCGCAGGUGCCACGGGGGGUUAUAUUAUUUUUUAUUUAUUUAUAGUAUUUAUACCCUGCCCUUCAGCCCUAAAGGCUGUCAGAGCGGCUUACAAUUAUUCUUUUUAAUUAGACGGUUGCGCGGGGUCUUUGGCUCGGCGGCAGAGGCGGCACUCUGGCCAAGAGGAGACACUGGCAUCGGGAGUGAGUGCCACUGGCGAUGCCCCGGGCACUCCCUUUGGGCAUGGCGCCUGGAAACGGAUGCCAUUGUGGCUGGCUCUGGCGAGGGAGCCUGGCCACAGGGCCAAAUGAGUGCAGGGAGGAGAGGAAGCUCCAUUGCAGGUGGCCUUGCCUCCCUCCUGGAGGGAAAGGAAGGGCAGGCCACACUCUGGCCCCUUGCCUGGUCAACAGAAGGGUCUUCUUUUUCUGGUGGGAGGCUGGGGGGGUUGUCGUAUGCAUGGGUGGUCUGUGGGCCCCUUCCUGUUCAGGGUCAGCAUGUAGUUGUUUAGUGGGCCAAGAUUCAAGGAACAGGAAAGAGAUUCCGUCUCAACAUUAGGAAGAACCUUCUGAGGAGGUCAGCCGCAUGGUCCAGCGCUUCUCUGCUGAGGGAGCAUCCAACUUCAGCGUCUUCCAGGUGGAUUGGCACUUGCGCACGCUCUACGUGGGCGCCAGGGAUGCCAUCUUUGCCCUGCCCUUGGGCUCUGUCAACCAGCACAUCAAGAAGAUCUCCUGGACGGUUCCGAAGGCCCACCAGGAUUCCUGCACCCAGAAAGGGAAGAAGGAGGCCGAGUGCCAGAACUUCAUCCGCGUCCUUCAGUUUGCCAACCAGAGCCACCUUUUCGUCUGUGGCACCUUUGCCUUCGAUCCCCGAUGUGGCUACAUUAAGCUGAGCGACUUCUGGGGCGUGGAGCACGUGGAGACAGGCAGAGGUCGUUGCCCCUUUGAGCCCCUCCAGCCCGCCACGGCCAUCAUGGCAGAUGGCACCCUCUACGUGGCCACAGUUGGGAACUUCUUGGGAACGGACCCCCUCAUCUCCAGAGCCACCGGGAACCCCUCAGAGGUCAUCCGGACAGAGAACUCCAUGAACUGGCUGAACGAUCCGGAAUUUGUGGCCUCAGCCUUUCUGCGGGAGGGCAAGGGCGGGGAAGACGACAAGGUCUAUUUUUUCUUCACGGAGACGGCUCGCGAGUAUGACUUCUACGAGAAGGUGAAGGUGGCCCGCGUUGCCCGCGUCUGCAAGGGGGACCUGGGCGGCCAGAAGACGCUGCAGAAGCGGUGGACCACCUUCCUGAAGGCGCAGCUCCUUUGCUCAGACCCCAAGAGUGGCACUGUCUUCAGCGUCCUGAGGGACAUGGUCACUCUGCCAGCCCCUGAUUCUGCCUGGAAUGCCACCAUCUUCUAUGGGAUCUUUGCAGCCCAGGGGAGGGAGGGGAGCGGCUCGGCCGUCUGUGCCUACAGCGCUGUGGCCAUCCAGAGAGCCAUGGACGGCCGCUUCAAGCAGUUCCGCCGAGAGUGUGACAAGUGGACGCGCCUCACGCAGAGCGAAGUCCCCCAUCCACGCCCUGGAGCGUGUGUGACCAGCAGCAUGAAGGCUGAGGGGAUCGGGUCCUCCCUGGCCCUCCCCGACCGCGUCCUGACCUUUGUGCGUGACCACCCGCUCAUGGACGAGCCGGUCCUCCCUCUGGAGAAUGCGCCGGUCCUGGUUGUGCCGGGGGUGCAGUACGUGCGACUAGCCGUCCACCGGGUGGCUGCCCUCUCUGGCCAGGAGCACCACGUUCUCUACCUGGGGACAGAGGACGGGCGCGUCCAGAAGGCUGUGCGGAUUGGACCCCGGCUCUCCCUCCUCGAGGACCUCCAUCUCUUUGCGGACCCUCAGCCGGUCCGGAACCUGCAACUCCACCAGAACUGGCUGUACGUGGCUUCUGACUCGGAGGUGACCCAGAUCGCCACGUCCGCCUGCCACACCUAUCGCACCUGCGGGGACUGCAUCCUUUCCAGAGACCCCGCUUGUGCUUGGAGCCGGGAGCUGGGGGCCUGCCGGGACCACCGUGGAACGGCUGGGCUUGUCCAGGACAUGGCGGCCAUGGACGUCCUGGCGCUGUGUCCCGCUGAGAAGAAAGAGAUGCCCCCUGUGGCUGAAGUGCCAGUGCUUCCAUCCACCCGAGUGGUCCUGCCCUGUCGCCCGGACUCCUCUUGGUCGAGAUGUGAGUGGCAGAUGCCUUCACAGGAUGCCUCAGCCUACAUUGUGCGCAGGGACGGCCUGGAAUUCACUGUGGCGGUGGCGGCUCUGGGGGAGUACACCUGCCAGUGCACGGAGUCUGGUGUGGGCAGCGUGGUGGCCGCCUACAGCGUGGUGAGUGGCGGCCCAGGCCUCCCAGGAGCCUCCCGAUCGGCGGAGCGCAGCUACAGCGUCCUGGUGGGUGUCCUCUGCUUCGUUCUGGGCGUCAUCGUCAGCAGUGGCUGCCUCCUCCUGCAUGAGCGCCGGCGGAGGGAGCGCCUGCAGCGGGAGCUGAUCUGCCGCGAGAGGAAUGGCCUGGACCUGAUGCAGUCGACCACCACCAGCUGCAGCCACGAGCCCCAGACGCCCAGCUCCCCUGAGGACGAGCGGCACCCACUGGCCAUGGGCAAGAAGAGCGGCGGCCUCAACGGCUACCCGCACCUGUACAUCAACGAGCUGGACACGGACCAGGCCCGCAUCUACCUGGCAGGGGUCCCCCUGGCAAAGUGUGAUGAGACCUCCAUCUAGAGGGAUCUCUGCGUGUGUAAUGCUGCCUGUCCCCCAGUGGGACGGGGAGAGGUGGGCCCGGGCCUUCGGGCCACUUUGGCGCAGCCUGGCUGCGGGGAUUUCCCCUAGGGUCCAGGGCGUCUCCUGCAUGGCCCUCGGCACUCCUGAUGCAUUUGGACCGAGAGAUGUGCCAAAGGGCCUCUGCUAGGGUCAGCCUGUGCAGAGUGGCCGCCGCCGCCGCCACCUUUGCAAGAGGCUCUGGGGCUGGCUACUGCGGCCCUGUCAGGCCCCUGGAGGGCUCCCAGUCGGACGCUAGCCCCACUCGGACGAGAGGCCUUGUUGCCGAUGCUUGGCGGUGGUGACUGGAUGGAGUCCAGAGCAGCUGGAAGGGACUGACAGACUGACCGCCUCCUGGUGGAGACUCCGCUGACUCUGAAUGGCCUGGCCGAGCGGGUGCCUCUUUGCCGGAAUGGCAGCAGCACUUGCUGUGUUUAUUGGGGGGGUGCCAUUGCGUGCCCCCCUCGUGCUGUCUGCCUCAGUUUUAGUCUCCACAGCCCCCUCGGGACCCUCAUUUAUUCUCCCACCCCGAGGAGGUGCUCCCCCACUGUCACUGUGGGGAUGGCAUGGGGGGGCUCUGCAGAAGCCCUCCCCACCCCUUUUCUGCCCCCAGCUCCCUCCAUUCUCCCUUCCUCAGCCACCCAAGAGGAGGGGUUCUGUCUGUGGGGCGGGGGGCUUGGUGCUCUGGCUUCUGUUGCCAUGUUGGUACGUUUGUCAAGCGUGUUACGGUUGUUAUUAAAGAGCAUUCUUCAACAAGCCCGGGUCUGUGUGGA